UGACCUUCGAGAAGACGACAACAAUAUUUUCAUAAAAACGCAGUCGUUCAGAGUUUACAAAAUGGCGUUAUCUAAAAAUGUGUCGGGGGUGUUUAUUGUUGCUGCUAAAAGGACGGCAUUUGGAACAUUUGGCGGGAAGUUGAAAGAUCAUUCUGGAAAUAAGUUACAGGAGAUAGCUGCCCUGGCUGCCCUCAAAGAAAGUAAAGUGAACCCGGAGCUUGUUGGUUCUCUGGUGUUUGGAAAUGUUAUACAGACAUCUCAAGAUGCCAUUUACAUGGCCAGGCAUGUUGGUCUGAAAUCAGGCCGUUCUAUGGCAGUACCCGCCCGCGUUAACAGAUUGUGUGGGUCUGGAUUUCAAGCAAUUAUCAAUGGAACUCAGGAGAUUAUAUUAGGUGAAAGUGAUAUAGCUUUAGUUGGUGGAACUGAAAGUAUGAGCCAGGCACCAUAUGCUGUACGCAAUAUAAGAUUUGGUACCCGGUUCGGCCAAGACUUACAGUUGGAGGAUAUCUUAUGGGCUGGUUUGACAGAUUCCUAUACCAAGAUGCCUAUGGCAAUUACAGCAGAAAAUUUAGCCGAGCAGUAUGGCAUCUCGCGUGAAGACUGUGAUAAGUACGCUCUUCAAUCACAGACACGAUGGGGAAAAGCUCAUACUGGUGGUGUCUUCAAUGCUGAGAUAACUCCAGUUGAGGUUAAAGGCAAAAAAGGAAAGGAGAUGUUUGAAAUGGAUGAACACCCUCGACCAAAGACAACUAUUGAAGGUCUAGCCAAGUUACCAGCUAUCUUUAAAAAGGACGGGACUGUUACUGCAGGCAAUGCAUCUGGUGUUUGUGAUGGGGCCGCAGCCCUCGUGUUGGCCAGUGAAGCAGCUGUUUCUAAAAAUAACCUCACACCAUUGGCUAGACUAGUAUCCUAUGGAAUCGCAGGUUGCGACCCCAAGAUAAUGGGCAUCGGACCAGCGCCUGCUGGCAGAGCCGCUCUCGAAGUUGCUGGGCUAGAAUUGAAAGACAUGGAUAUAUGUGAGGUGAAUGAAGCGUUUGCCCCACAGUAUCUGGCUGUAGAGAAGGAACUUGGUUUGAAUCCAGAGAUUACAAAUAUGAAUGGAGGUGCCAUAGCCCUUGGCCACCCCUUGGGUGCUUCUGGGGCAAGAAUCACGGGCCAUCUUGCUCAUGAAUUAAACCGUCAAAAUAAGAAAUAUGCAUUUGGAUCAGCUUGUAUUGGAGGUGGACAGGGGAUUGCUGUGAUUCUUGAGAAAUGCUGAAAAGAUUUAGAAAUGACAUAAUAUAUUGGACCAAGUGCUUUAUACAAUACAAGGGUUCCUUCCCUUCAUUGUACUGUGAUAUAACCAUGACCUCUGUUAUAUGCUUAAAUUUUUUAAAAAUUUUGUGUACUGUGUAGGUCUUCCGAAGUAUAAUUUUGGUUUGCAGUUUUGACUUAAAUAUUUAUUUGUUUAUAGCAACAUACUUCCAGGUUCAUGCAUAUUUUCAUCUAAAUUUUGGAAGUGU